AUGACCUUCCGAUCCUAUUUUGCACCGUAUGCAACAGACUUACCACUUAGUGAAUAUAAGCUGCCAAGGCUCUCCCCUACAUAUAGGAAUAUUGUGGCAUAUCCCCAUACGCACCGCCGCAUACCAUCUCCUCCUAACGAACGUGACCGACAAGGUUUAUUAGAAUGGCGUGUUGGGGUUCAGGAAUCACUUACGGUCGGACUUGUUGAGAAGAUGUCUUUUCUCAAAGAGGAAAUGCUAGAGCAGUUGAAGUUCUCCAAGAAACUCGAAAACCAGCAAGAAAAUCACAAAGACUUUUUACGUAAUGAAUUGCAGGCGCUGGCACAGUCAAUAUCAAAGAUGAAGGAAGAAGUUCAUGAUUUUGAAGAAAAUGUGCGGGACAAAUGGCAAACGGUUAAUUCUGCUGCGAUAACCUUACGUAAUUUGGAAAACCAUCACACUACCAGCCUGGCCGACGUGCGGAGUCGAAUCACCAGAAGCGAUCAGGCAAUCAAUUUAUUAUCACAAAAAAUCGCACAACUGGGUGAAGAGCUUCGGGCGAUGAAUGAGUCACACAGACGCGAUAUACAGGAAGUCCACGGGAUGAUGAAGGCAAAUGAGCAAAAGAGUGGUGAUCUCAAUAUCGAAGUUGAUAGAACCUUCCAGCGCUUAACGCAGACUAUUCAGCGUACCCAGGAAGAUCUCCAAAAACAGAUACUUGAUCUGGAGCGUAGGUUACUGCAACAAAUUGCUGAUACACAAAGGGAGAUCCACGCCUAUGUAUCCAACUCACUGGGCGAGAGAAACCAAUUGGAGUCAAGGGUGAUGGAAAGUCUGAAUGAAAUGUUCAACGAGGUAGAACAGCGCGUGAGCUUAGCCGAGCAGAGGGCCGAAGAAGCCAGAGUGGAUGAAGAACUUGAGGCCAGGGUGAACGACUAUGAAAAAGAAAUGACCACAUUCAGACAACAAGUAUUGAAUACCUUCAAGGAAGUUGAAAUGCGCAUGAAUCGGCUAUCGGAUGAGCUAUACGAAAACCACCGUGGCCUAGUUGAUGCCGUCCGGGAAGAGAUGCGGCAGGGGUUUUGCACAACUCACGACACCAUCUCAAACAUGAAGUCAGUUCUUGAGAGCAAGAUUCGUAUUUCUGAGGAGAAUUUGCAGUUGGAACUUGGGCAGCUGCGCAAGCUUGUUGUAUUGACAUAAGUGCACCAAGAACUGUGACAAACCGGUCUUUAUUGCUUCAAUCCCCUUAUCGGAUUCGGAGACAGCUCUUUUUCAAGCACUGAUUGGCCUACAUACUGCUGAUAUUUU